AUGGCUCAAAAGUUAAACAAGAAGAACCGUAAAGUUCAAGUUCAACUUGAGAAUGUGACAAUCGAAACUCAGCAUGAUAGUGAUAAUGAAAGGUUAGAUAUUCAAAUUGAGGAUUUGUAUAUUUGCUCACGUCAAAGGGAUUCUCCUAUCAGAUCGAAUUUCGAGGAAGCAUGGGAUCCUGAGGUUAAUGUAAACAUAUCUAAUUCAUAUACAAACAUCAAUUCGAGUGAUAAGCAAAACACCACUAUCCUUGAGAAGACAGUUGUCAAAUCAUUUAGUGUUUCACAUACCGAGUCCGAUACGGAGGAGGUCAAAACUCAAAACAUCAAUGUGGAAUUAUUUAAUAAAGACACAAAUGUCAACAUGGAUGAGGGGUGCAUGACCCAAUUGCAAAACUUCAACAACUUUAUGUUGGAUUAUUGUCUAACUCCAUAA